CCGGUAGGGGCCACUUCCGGUCUCCCGGCCGCCAUGAGCCGCCCGGCGCCCCCCGCCCGCGGUUCCGGUGCCGCGUCUCCCGAUGAAGGAGUGGAGGAGGACGUGGGGGAUAACGAGAAAGCCGUGGAGCUCCUAGCGGAAGGCUUGAUGGCCCACUACCUCCCGGACCUGCAGAGAUCCAAGCAGGCCCUGCAGGAGCUCACGCAGAACCAAGUGGUGUUACUGGACACGCUAGAGCAGGAGAUUUCCAAAUUCAAGGAAUGCCAUACCAUCUUGGACAUUAAUGCUCUGUUUUCCGAGGCCAAGUACUACCACAACAAGCUCGUGAACGUCAGGAAGGAGAUGCUGCUGCUUCAUGAAAAGACAUCCAAGUUAAAAAAACGGGCCCUUAAGCUACAACAGAAAAGGCAGAAAGAAGAACUGGAGCGAGAGCAGCAGAGGGAGAAGGAAUUUGAAAGAGAGAAGCAACUAACGGCCAAACUGGCUAAAAGAUGAACCAAAAUAAUGACGUCCGCCUCUUUUUUCUGUGUUCUUCCCCCACGUUUUUCCCCGUUCCCUCUCAGGACCCUUUGGACUCCCAACGUCUUAAUUGGUAGGUUGGACGUGGAAGCGGUUGGAAGUUGAAGCCACGGCUGAUGCCGGAAUUUAGAAUUCCCCAGCGAUUCACUGUUUCUUCAGCCCCGGGGGUGGGGGGAGGACCUAAAUAAUAGCUCCUUUUUUUAUUCGGCAUCUCUUUUCUGUGACACUCCUGCGGGCAAAGGAGAAUGUGGGCCACGGAGUUUCCGACCGCGGCGAGUCACGCGAUCGCUCGGCGUCGCCUAGAGUUCGCAGCAAAAUGGUAUCCGGGUCCCGAGCGUCUUCGGAUUUAAAGUUACCGCAUCUCUUUCGGCGUCCCCGUGUGAAAAGCUGCCCUUGGCCUGUGUUUUUGACCAGCCAGUGCCGACUUUGGGCUUCUGGGCCACGGGAUAGAAUCAGAGCAGGCUCAUUCGAUAUCCCAGUCAAGCGACACCCUGCAGCGAUGUGGAGGGGAGAGCGGCUUGCCGGUCACCCCUACGCGUGAGCCCGUGGUGGUAUCGGGGUGAAAUUGGAGCCAGGAAAUCGCACCGUCUGCAUCAGCGGCGCAGGACCGUAAGAGAAACGGCCAGAGCGGUGCGAGAAAGUUCCCACCCCCUGCCCUUGAUGGGAAGACCGGGGUUCUCCAGGGUUGAUUUUGUAUGUUUCCGCCGAAGCUUCGAGGCUCACUUCCCGCAGGGUCUCCUUUACUUACACAGCCGGAGGACUUAGUUCCACCCUUCAAGCCCUGAGGCCGAUCUGGGGAGGGGAUGCGGGGAACCGACUUUGAAAUUGGUGGGAGUCUGGAAGUCCUGACAGAGACCAGACUUUCGUCGGUUCAUUGUGAAAUUGAGGUGAACCCAUCUCUUCCUUUUUCCCUCUCUCCCCGCCUCCCCCUGUGGGGAGGUGAGGACAGAUGGAAAGUUGGAAUACCACACGUUGACCUCCUCAAGGGAAAACGACUAGAUUAUGAGCAUCCAGGAACACCACUGGACUACCUUCGCUUUCCCUCAGGUGGGGCUUUCUUCGAACGUUCAACUGAGGAACGUCCUACCGUCGGAACCGUGUACCGUCAGUCGGUCAUUUGACCGUAUCUGUUGAGCGCUUACUAUGUGCCGAGCACUCUACCGAGCGCUUGGGAGAGUACAGCGUGACAGUAGACGCGUUGCCUGCCCACCGCGAACUUAUCGUAAAUCCAGAGGAUUUCCAGCGAUGAUUGCGGUGAUGACGACUGGUCGCUGGGCUUUUAGAUACAGUGAGUGUAAAGGGACCCGUGAAAAUACACGAUUAGCACAUAUUCAACCUCACCUAUUACACCAUUGGAGUUUCACUAUCCUGAAGUCUCUCCCUCGGCCCAUGUAAACGUAGACCCUGAGCCCCACACGGGACGGGCUGUGAGAAAAGUGUUCGACACGUAGGAAAUCCUUAAUGCAACCCAUAAAAAACAAAUCCGACGAAAUCUAGCGGACCGCUGACACGAGGCCUCCUGUUGAGCGGGAAUCUUUAGAAAGACCACGUCCGCUUCCUUAGCUAAGUGGAUCGUCAUCCCUCCCGGUCCAGUUCAAGUUUUGGCUUGGGGCACGGAAUGAGCCGUCCAUCAUCCCGUGGUACUUACUGAGCGUUUACUGUGUGCGGAGCACCGGAGUAGGCCUCGGUGGAGUACGGUAGAGUUGAGAGCAGGUCAAGAUUUUGUUUGCACGACUGGACUUCAGCCUGAACGUCAGUGGGGGCCGGAGCGGGAGGUGAGCUCGUCACGGGCAGGGAAUGUGUCUUCCGACUCUGUCUCCCAGGCUUAGUACGGUGCUCUGCGCACGAAAAGCGCUCAAUAAAUACCAGUGAUUGAGACCGAAGGAGUCCAGAGGCCUCGGCCCGGUCGGUGCCAAGGGGAGAGUGGAGGGAGGUCGUUCUUUGGUGUUUCAAUCAAUCAAUCAGUGGUAUUGAGCAGUUCGUGGAUGCAGAUCACUGUACUGAGUGCUUGGGAGGGGACAGUAUACCAGUCGGUAGACACGUUCCCUGCUACAAGGAGCUAAAGGAAUGCCCGGAUAAGCCGAAAAUGACGCAUUCAGGAACUACAGAGCACCCCUGACCCAUUUUUUGUUGUUGUUUGAAUGGCGAAUGGAGCCAUCUUCUUUUGGAACCCCAAGUCGGUUGUUAAACUCGUUUUAAAUUCUGUCAAUCCCUCGGGGUGGUGUGAGUCAGAAAUAUCCAGCGUUGUUUUUGCUUUACCCUCAUCGAGGUAAUGACUGUCACCCGAAGAAAUCUCUUGGGAAAGGACGGUUAGCCACAGGCCCGAGCAGAGGCAGGAAUGGGAUUGGAAGUCUCUGUGCCUCGAAUUGCCGCUUGCAAUAUUAUGCAUGGCAAAGCGUACGCUUUCGGUAUUGCCUCUUAUGCUAAGAAACGUAAAUCGCUCCCUCCUCUUCAUCAGAAAAAUGAUCAAUUUAGAGUCAGUGGAAAUACAGCCACAGCUUUAGAUAUUUCAGAAAUCAAGUGGAGUUCUCACAUAGAUGAAGUAUCAUGACAUAUUUCAAUCCCAGUUCACCUCCUGAAACGUCCAAACUCCAGGGUUCCUCGCAGUCUGUCCUGGAAAGAUUCCUGCUGCAAAAACCCACUGUCUUGACUCUGAAAUUCCGUCAGGAACACGUCCUGCUCGCUUUCAAUCUGCAGCUGGUUAUGCAGACGCGGAAUGGAGGAUUUAAUAGCAUGGGACUGUCAGCUGUGGGGAAGUUAGGCAUGUUAGAGUCUUUGCGUCUCGGUCUGUUUUGCACUUACAAAUCGAAGAAUCCUUUUUACAUGUUUAAUAAAAAAGAAAUGAGCUCCAAAA